GUCCCUAUUGAUGGCCUGGGUCUUUGAGCACUUUCCAGACAGGCUCGUUCGCCGGUAUGCGAACCCGGCUUACACAGAGGACCAGCCCAGAGCUUGUAGGUGGACAGAGUCACGGUCGGGGCAUGCUAGGCUUGACGAGAGGCGAGUACUACUUGAUGAGUUGACGGCCGACGACGUCACUUGGACUCCAUAUGAGGCCCACAGGGAAUGGCGACAGCGGGAUGAGAGGGCUUUGUUCUCAGGCUACAUUCGGUGUCCCUAUCCCCCUGCUGUGCGACCUCAUCUUCCGGAGCGGGUCAUGCGACAGUUUGGGUAUAUAUAGACGAUCCCGCGCCACCCUAGUGAGAUGGAUAGAUCUCCCGCAGCUGAGGCUGUUGAUGCGGCAUUCGCAGAUUAUGUGCAGUACUUGUUCCCUGAGGGUGACCCUGCUAUAGAGGAGGGACAGGCUGUGGGCGGUUACAUGGAUUGGUACGCUAGAGUGUCUCAUUGUUUCAUCAUACCGGAUGAGAGGAGGAUUGAUCUCAGUGCCGUGGCUGCUUUGCGUAGGGCUUUAGAAGUCCUUGAGCUGUCACUUGAGGUGGAUGAUGCUUUGCUGCCAGGCACACAGGCCCGCGCUUUAACGGAAAGAGCACUUCGCAUCCUCCAGGACUUGGCUGGGACACAGGGCAUUGCUUACGCUGCUGGGAGAGGAGGUCUGGGAGCAGGUGGCCGAGCCGGUGGCCGAGCAGGUGGCCGAGCAGGUGGCCGAGCCGGUGGCCGAGCAGGUGGCCGAGCAGGUGGCCGGGAGGGCGGCAGGGCAGAAGCCAGGGGAGGCCGUAGGGGUAGGGGAGGUCGUCGGGGUAGGGGACAGUAGGGGACAUUAGUUGUAUGAGCAUUUUGUUGACAUUACUAUUACGAUAUUAGGGGACUAUGUAUUUUGCACUACUAUUUCGGAUUAGUAUGAGUUUUAUGUUCACUUUAACGUAUAUAUUUUUUUUUCUUUUUCACUUUUACCCUACACCCUAAUAAUUUGUGAGCUUUAUGUUCACUUUAACAUUUUUUUUUCUUUUUCACUUUUAUAAUCAACCCUAAUAAUUGUAAAAUCUAUUAAUUUUAAAAUCUAUUACUUUUAUAAUCAACCCUAAUAAUCAACCCUUGUAAUGGAAGCCAAAACCUGCAGCAUGAGUGGC